AUGAGCAGCCCCGAUGCGGGCUACGCCAGCAGCGAGGAGCAGGCGCAGGGCCGGGGCGCGCUGCCCGCCAUGAUGCCGGCCCUGGGCCCGUGCCCCUGGGCGGAGGCGCUGAGCCCGCCGGGCGAGGCCAAGGCGAAGGGCGAGGCGGGCACGACGGGCGGGCGCGGCAAGGGCGAGGCGCGGAUCCGGCGCCCCAUGAACGCCUUCAUGGUGUGGGCGAAGGACGAGCGCAAGCGGCUGGCGCAGCAGAACCCGGACCUGCACAACGCCGAGCUCAGCAAGAUGCUGGGUAAAUCGUGGAAGGCGCUGUCGCUGGCGGAGAAGCGGCCGUUCGUGGAGGAGGCGGAGCGUCUGCGGGUGCAGCACAUGCAGGACCAUCCCAACUACAAGUACCGGCCGCGGCGGCGGAAGCAGGUGAAGCGCCUGAAGCGUGCGGAGAGCGGCUUCCCGCAGCACGGCGCGGCCGAGGCGGCGCCGCCGGCGUUGGGCUCCGACGGAGGCGGCAUCGGGACAUGCGCCGAGAGCCUGGCGCUGCCCUACGCGGAGCGCGGCUACGCGGCGGGGCCGGGGCGCUAUCGGGACUGCCCGCCGCUGGGCGCCGCCUUCGACGGCUUCGGGCUUCCCACGCCGGACCCGUCCCCGCUGGACGCGGCGCACGGCGAGGCGCCGUUCUUCGCGCCGGGGCCGCACGACGAGUGCGCGCCAGGGCCCUACGUCGGCUACGGCCCGGCGGCGGCUGCGGCGGGAGACUUCUCGGCGGUGGGAGCGGGCGAGAGCCCCGCGGGGGCGGCGCUGCGGCGGCACCACCAGCAUCAGCACCCGCACCCCGCUGCCGGCGAGCUGGGGCCGGGCGGCCCGCUGCAGGGGCUGCUGGGCUGCCCGGCGCCGCCGCACUACUACGGGCAGCUGUGCCCGGGCCGCGGCCCACCCGCUCCCGUGCCCGUGCCCGUGGCGCUGGGCGCGCAGCCGUCCCCGCCGCCCGAAGCCGCGGCGUGCCGGGAGUCGCUGGAGCACUUGCCGCAGGAGGAGCUGCUGGGCGAGGUGGACCGCAGCGAGUUCGAGCAGUACCUGCGCUUCGCCUGCAAGGCCGAGCUGGGGCCGCCCUUCGCGGGCCACGACGUGGCCGGGCUGGCGUCGCCCGAGGCCGCGGG